CACAGGCAGAGAGACAGACAGACGGACGGACUGACACCGAGGACGCAGAUAAACCAGAGUUUGGCGUUUUUUUUUUGACGGAAGGGAGCCCCGGGAAUGAGACAUCCCCACCUCUCGAUGCGUGCUGUUUAUUUAUUUGUUUGUGUGUUUGUUUGUUGUUGCUCGCCUCUCUGAACACUUUUCAAAGUUAGAAGGACGCGCGCUCUGAGUGUGAGGUCCUAAAAACACUGAGCAACAACAACACUCGCAGUCCGGAUAUCCACAGCCUUUAAGUCGUUUAUCCUCAUAUUCAUUCUUUUUUCUUUUGGUGGGUAAUUCCGUGGUCCUCCACAGCCACAGCGAUGCCAGAGACGACGCAAGAGACGUGCGCUCCGGCCAAGGACUCUCCCUUCUUCAUUAAGAACCUGCUGAACUGUGAUAGUAAACCGUCCAAACCUAAGCCGGUGCUGGCUGCUGCUGCUGCCGCCGUCAACAAGGCAGCGAUGGCGGCGCUGGAGGGAGGAUUUUCCCUAUCACAGGUCGGGGACUUGCACUUCCCCCGCUUUGACCUGCCCGCGCAGAGGUUCAGUCUCCCGGCGCACUACCUGGAGCGCACCUCGGCGUGGUGGUACCCGUACGCCCUGAGCUCAUCCACGCACCUGCACAGGAGUGAAGUCACGGAGAAACCAGGAGCCAGAGACUCGUCUCCAACCUCGGGCACAGACAGAGACUCCCCAGACCUGGUGCUCAAAUCCGAGCCUGACGCCAAAGACGACGACGACGAUGACGACGAGCACAACAACAGCAAGAGCGGCGACGAGAUCAUUCUGGAGGAGAGCGACACGGACGAGGCCAAGAAGGACGAGCUGGAGGAGUGGAAGAAGCGAGACGACGACAAGAAGCCGUGCCGCAAGAAGAAGACUCGCACGGUGUUCUCCCGGAGCCAGGUCUUCCAGCUGGAGUCCACCUUCGACAUGAAGCGCUACCUGAGCAGCUCGGAGCGCGCCGGCCUCGCCGCGUCCCUCCACCUGACCGAGACCCAGGUCAAGAUCUGGUUCCAGAACCGGAGGAACAAGUGGAAGAGGCAGCUGGCCGCGGAGCUGGAGGCCGCCAACCUGAGCCACGCCGCGGCGCAGAGGAUAGUCCGCGUCCCCAUCCUCUACCACGAGAACUCGGCGUCGGAGAGCGGAGGCGCCGGUGCCAACGUGCCCGUGAGCCAACCGCUGCUCACCUUCCCGCACCCGGGCGUCUACUACUCGCAUCCCAUCGUCACGUCCGUGCCGCUGCUCAGGCCGGUUUGAAGUGACAGCAGCUGCAGUUUUUGUGGCACCGAGUCCAAAACUCAAGUACAAAAAACAAAAAAUUGACAAAAAAGACUAAAAUAUUUUUGUACAAGUGAAAUGAACAGAGACACUGUCUGUCAGGCCUCUGUGGACAUAUUUUGGCAAAAAUCAAUGUGUCAUUUUUCCAUAAAGGCACCGUUUACACGUGAUUUGACAACUCAAAUCCCACAUUAUUAUAAUAACUAUUAUUGUUAUUAUUAUUAUUAUUGUUAUUAUAAAUGAUUACUUGUGGAGUUCACCUGCUCGCACAGCCUGAUGAGUGUAUUUUAUUUGACUUUAUUUGAUUUUGACUCCAUGACUGUUAGCGGUCAGACCAACUCUGUGAUUAUUACACAAACAACAACAACAACAUCAAUUUAACAUAAUAUAAUAUGAUAAUAACCUUGUUUACAGAAUUGAACCUGCUCCUCCAUCAUGCAACACCACACUUGUUUUGAUUUGUUUUCUCUCUCUCUGUUCAUAAAUGAGAACAUGAUGCUGUGCAAUACACUGUCAGUGUGCCGUGAAUGAAUGAAUGAAUGGAUGAAUGAAGGAGUGAAUGAAUCCACUGUAAUGGGGGACAAUGUUUUUCUUUUGUUGCGUAUCCUCGGUGGAAAAGUGAUGAGGCUCCUGUUGUGACUUCUGUUUCCUCCUCUUGUUUGAAACGUUUGACGGGGACAAUCAAGACACUCUCAGCUGUAAAAUAUCCGUGUGUGUUUCUAUUUUAUUUUAUUUUAUUUCAUUUGAAGUUUAUGAUCCUCACUCCUCAUUCCUUCAAGCACAAGUGUGAGCUCCAGCGUCUCCUGGUCUAACUCUGUGUUUCUGAACAGGACACACUGUCGAUAUUUGGUGUAUAAAGUCUGUAAAUGUAUAUAUUUAAAAUGGAGACGACGCGCGCGGAGAGAAGCUGCCACCUGCCGGCUUCUCCCUUUGUACAGUUAAAAAACAUACAACAACAACGUUUUGAUAUUGUAUUGCUGAACCAUGUUGUGAAAUAAAUGGAGAAUAACUAUAUUCCUUUCAUUCCCAGGA